UUAUGUGGAUGACAAAAGUGAAAAACUUCUGCGCAUCUUGUGAAAAGUGGCAACUCAGCGAACGCCGUGACGUCAGUGGUUCAGUCGUGGUUCAGCUGCCUGUGUGUACGGACGCGCUCUGGAUAGUUGUGCGAGGGCAUGUUUCGUAAUUAAUAAGUGAUCAUGUCUAAAAAAUGUGCUGUUAAAGGGUGUGAAAAUCGCUAUAGACAUAGGAAAUCAAAUUUGACUUUUCACCGCAUCCCAAAAGACCCUGAAAUAAGGAAGAAAUGGGUUCUGGCGUGUAAAUCUGAUGAUAGCCGCCGCCGCCAUGACACCGACGCCAGAGUAUGCUGCACGCACUUUGAGGAGUCUUCAUAUGAGCCCACCAGUUUAAAGUAUACACUACUCAAUAUAGCAGUGCCAAAAAAUCAACGACGACUUAAGGCUGGAGCUGUACCAACGAUAUUACUGCCACACCAACAAGAUGAUGAAGCCCAGAAUGGUGCCACAGACAGCUGUGUGACCUCAUCACCUCACACAGGUCAACAUUUUGAGACCAAAGAUGAUGCAACCCAGAAUGGUGCCACAGACAGCUGUGUGACCUCAUCACCUCACACAGGUCAACAUUUUGAGACCAAAGAUGAUGCAGCCCAGAAUGGUGCCACAGACAGCUGUGUGACCUCAUCACCUCACACAGGUCAACAUUUUGAGACCAAAGAUGAUGCAGCCCAGAAUGGUGCCACAGACAGCUGUGUGACCUCAUCACCUCACACGGGUCAACAUUUUGAGACCAAAGAUGGUGCAGCCCCGAAUGAUGCCACAACCAGCUUUGAGAAUGACAGUACUUGCGAAGAGAAGGAGGGCGUCUUGAUCAAGGGGAAUCGCCAGAAGAUCAACCUCACGCUCAUAUCCAACAACCACGAGUGCGAGUUGGUGCGGGAGCCGGGCGACACGGCCUUCAACCACUGCAAGGGCGUACGCAAGUUCAAGAGUCUUCGGGGGCGCUGGUGGUUCAUCGCCGUCAGCAUCUGUGAGAGCAACAAGACGCCUGCCCAUCCUAGAGGCACUCUACAUCAAAACAACAAACCCGACAUUAAACAUGCAAGCAGAAGGUCUACAAGCCCUACCAAGUGCGCGAAGAACAAGUUUGACGAGUACCCCCGCGCAGCCCGUAGUAACACCUGCCAGCCAAUCAGAGACCAGGACGCGCAGUGGGACGACCAACACAGCGGUAUAAAUCCACCCCCGCUCCCCACACAAGCCAUUCUCCCCGGUAUCCUUACCAAGGAAAGAUCUCGCUACUGA